CACCACCUGGACACGCUCAGCAACCAUGUCGGCAGCAGCAAAGGACCCGAUGGCAGGCCACCCGGGCCACCUCACCCAGGAGCACAAGGCCAUCCUCCAGCAGUUCAAGCAGGAGCUCGCCGCAGAGGGCUACUACGACCCGGAGAAGCACGACGAUGCCAUGCUCUUGCGGUUCCUCCGCGCGCGCAAGUUUGACGUGCCCAAGGCCAAGAUCAUGUGGAUCGACACCCAGAAGUGGAAGCAGUCGUUCCACGUCGACGAGCUGUACGACACGUUCGACUACUCGGAGAAGGCCGCCGUCGACAAGCUGUACCCGCGCUUCUACCACAAGACGGACAAGGACGGCCGCCCCGUCUACAUCGAGCAGCUCGGCAAGCUCGACCUCGGCGAGCUGUACAAGGUGACGACCCCGGAGCGCCAGAUGCAGUCGCUCGUCGUCGAGUACGAAAAGUUCCAGCGCGACCGCCUCCCGAUCUGCUCCGAGCUCCAGGGCCACGUCGUCGAGACGUCGUGCACCAUCAUGGACCUCAAGGGCGUCGGCCUGAGCCAGUUCUGGAAGGUCAAGGGCUACGUCCAGGAGGCAUCGAGCAUCUCGCAGAACAACUACCCCGAGUCGAUGGGCAAGUUCUACAUCAUCAACGCGCCGUGGGCCUUCUCGACCGUGUGGUCGCUCGUCAAGGGCUGGCUCGACGAGGCGACCGUCGCCAAGAUCCACAUCCUCGGCUCGGGCUACAAGGACGACCUCCUCAAGCAGGUGCCCGCCGCGUCCCUCCCCAAGUUCCUCGGCGGCGCGUGCGACUGCCCCGAGGGCUGCUCCCUGUCGGACGCCGGGCCCUGGCACGGCAAGACCAAGGCCGAGACGGUCGCCGCGCUCGACAAGCUCAAGAAGAGCGUCAGCGUCGAGCGGGGCCCCGACAUGGGUCGCAUCGCGCCCCCGGGCCAGGAUGCGAGCGUCGUCCCGGCCUGAGCGUCCUUCGUCCCUGCUCGGCUCUCCGCACCUCUCUCUCUCGUCACGACCCACGACUCGUCCUCGCCUUUCCCCCUCCCCUCGACCGCCAUCUAUUCUUCUCCCUCCUCCUCGUAGACGUUGCCCUCCCCCCCUCCUCGCCAGCGGUCGUCCCUCUCCCCAACCACGACUUGCCCUUGUCCCGAUCUAGCGCGGCUGUAACGCAAUCUCUUGCAUACCCUUUC